AUGCCAGUGGCGGUGAUGGCCGACAGCUCCUUCAACUUCACCAAGUUAUUGGAUCAGUGCGAGAACCAAGAGCUGGAGGCUCCUGGAGGAAUUGCAACCCCUGCAGUUUAUGCUCAGCUCCUAGCUUUAUAUCUGCUGCAUAAUGACAUGAAUAAUGCCCGGUAUCUUUGGAAAAGGAUUCCUCCUGCCAUAAAAUCUGCAAAUUCUGAACUUGCGGGAAUUUGGUCUGUAGGACAGAGAAUCUGGCAAAGAGACUUCCCAGGCAUCUAUACAACCAUCAGUGCACAUCAGUGGUCGGAACCUAUUCAGCCAAUCAUGGACGCCCUUAGAGAUGCAACCAGAAGACGAGCCUUUGGACUAGUUUCUCAAGCAUAUACCUCAAUCAUUGCAGAUGAUUUUGCAUCCUUUGUUGGACUUCCUGUGGAAGAUGCCGUGAAAGGUGUUCUGGACCAGGGGUGGCAGGCCGACUCCACCACGCGGAUGGUCAUGCCCCAAAAGUCCGGUGUCCUGGAUGUUUCCUUUAAUAGAUUUAUCCCUUUAUCAGAGCCUGCACCGGUUCCACCAAUCCCUAAUGAACAACAGUUAGCCAGACUGACUGACUACGUGGCUUUUCUUGAAAACUGAUCUACCCUCUCCAUCUCUCUCUUCAAGACCAAGCCUGCAGUUCUAGGUGUCUAUAUUUUGGUUUUGUUUUCUCUUCAGUUUAUUGAAUUCAACUCUUCCACAUCCCCUGCCGGAAUCUCUGAUAAAAUACAUACAUUAUGUCGAUGAUAUUUCUAUUUUAUCCUUGUACAUUAUGCCAAAACAAUUUCAGUACCUAAAGUACUAAUGGAUUUGGUGCAAAUGGUGUGACUUUGGCUUUAUUGCCUCCUGAUUCCUUAAACGGAGUGUUGCCACUCGCUAGAUUUACAAAGGAGGUGGUACUGAAGGGUGGCAAAUGCCCAAGGAAGGCAAACCAGAUGAAGUCAACAUUAAGUCUUUUGUGCUGGUGUUUUCGGUGCAUCCAUUGCUGGCAGUGGACAGCGUGCCACGAAGAUGAGCCCUGUCUCAGAAAGAUAGGUGAAACAGAAGAAAAUUGUCCUAGCGCUGCUGUUCUCUAAGGGAAGAGUUUCUUACCAGAGGCAAGAUCAAACCGAGGAAUCCACUGACAUGUCAGUGAAAGAGCUUGGAGAAAAAUUCUUCAUUUAUUGAUUGUAUGUUAUUCAAUUGACUUCUCUUGCCAAGUCCUCUUGUUCACACCUAAGUUCUGAAUUUGCCCUUUGUUUCAUUCUCUGAACAUCCCUUAAAAGUUAAGGACCCGGAAUUUCUUUAGCGCGUGAUGGGCUACGAGUAAUAUUUUCAAGGGGGACAGAAAGCAGUAGUUUCUUAGGCAGUUAUGCGCAUCUUUGUCGACUGGGUGGUGGGGGGUACUAAUUAGCAGAAUUUGGGAGACGAGACAUCUUCACUGAGAAUGUAGUUGCUGCGCUUAUUGCAAAGGAUGAUGUGCCAGAUCUUAAAACACUGGGAUUACGUCCUUUGAAUGCCCAGGUGAGCAAGGCUUGCCCAGGUGGCUGCUUUGUUGGCCAUUGUAUCGCCUUCUUUUUAGAGAGUCCCAUCUUUAGUAAGUUUAUCAGAGGAUAACUCUGCAAUAUUCUACUUAGUCCAGCUGGUUUCCUGAAGAGUACUAACAGAAAUAGCUCUGAACAUUGUAUACACGGACAAAGUGUUUUGUUCCCAGACAUCGGACUCUUAAAAUCUCCGUUUCCCCAUCCGCACCAACUCCCCUGAGAAGAAAGUCCAAGGAGCCGGGGCUCGAUGGAUGAGGGGAGCUGAACUGAAACAGCGCCAAGCAGAGGAGUACUCUAAGGUGCCCAAACAUUCAGUGCUCUGAUCAGGAGCACGGUUUGGCUAAUCUUGGAAUCGAAUUUCAGCGUCCAUAUUUGAAGGGCAACAUAGAUUUACCUUUCCUUGUCUUUCUGUGGUUAAGCAUAACACUGAAAAACAGUGGUCUGUAAAGGACAUUGCAUUCUUUCACCUCUUCUCCUUUUGUGGGAGUGAAUUCAACAGAACCUCAUUUAUUCAGCUCUUUCAUUUGUGCAGGUGGGCAAUGACAGAUGGCUGAUGUUUGAAGUGAGAUUUCUCCAGUGCACUAUGCUACUGUACAUUUUUAUUAUUUUAUUUGGGUUGGAAGAGGGCCUAAAUUGUGCACUGUUGCUUUAAGAGCCCAGCAAAUGUACAUGACAAUUAAUCUCAAAGGAUUAUUUAUUUGAAACCCAUUUUUCUUGGAUGCAAAUGUAAUAUGUGACAUUAAAUACGUUUACACUAA